CCGAUCAUUUCGGACGUUUACAUAUAAUCCCGUGCCCAAUCGAAAAAACCCUAAGCAAAUUAGGGUUUGCAGAGCAGGGGCCAAAGCGACACUGAGAUCCAACUUCUGCAUCUUCAACAAUCCCUGAAAAAUGGCGACUCAGAUGAGCAAAAAGCGAAAGUUUGUAGCUGAUGGAGUGUUCUUUGCGGAGCUGAAUGAGGUUUUGACAAGGGAGCUAGCAGAGGAUGGAUACUCUGGUGUCGAGGUCAGAGUUACUCCCAUGAGAACCGAGAUCAUCAUUAGGGCCACUCGAACUCAGAACGUUCUCGGUGAGAAGGGUAGGAGGAUCAGAGAGUUAACAUCGGUUGUACAGAAACGGUUCAAGUUUCCGGAAGGCAAUGUGGAGUUGUAUGCUGAGAAAGUCAACAAUAGGGGACUUUGUGCUGUUGCUCAGGCCGAGUCUCUCCGCUACAAGCUCCUUGGUGGCCUCGCUGUUCGGAGGGCCUGCUAUGGUGUUUUGAGAUUCAUUAUGGAGAGUGGGGCAAAAGGAUGCGAGGUGAUUGUUAGUGGAAAACUGAGGGCUCAGCGUGCCAAGUCCAUGAAGUUUAAGGAUGGGUACAUGAUCUCUUCUGGUCAGCCAGUCAAUGAAUAUAUUGAUUCAGCCAUCAGACAUGUUCUUUUGAGACAGGGGGUACUUGGUAUCAAGGUGAAGAUCAUGCUUGAUUGGGAUCCAAAGGGGAAGCAGGGUCCAACAACACCCCUUCCAGAUGUUGUCACUAUCCAUACUCCUAAAGAGGAAGAGGAAUACACCAGGCCACCAUUGAUGGCCACUGAGAUUGAGCCUCCCAUCGUUGUUUAGAGCUUUGGUGGCAGCUUCUUCCCAACCAUUUAGUUUCCUUAAAGAAUGUUUCAGUUGUUUUUUAGUUUUGAACUAUUCAAGUACUGUUACUUUUUCUAGUUGACUGUCGGGUACAAUAGAAAAACCUUUCCCUGAGCAUGAGCCAAGCUAAAAUUUUACUCCCGACUUUUGUAAUGAGAUUGAGUAGUUCAUAUGAAGUGUUUUUGUUUGAUUCCAUAUGCUGGUUUAAUUUU